CACAACCCUUUCCCGACAUAGCAUAGCAUUGUUAAAUGCAAUUAGAAAGGAAAUCUAAUUCGAAACUCAUCGAAACAAAGUUUUUGUCGACUGGAUCAUCAUCCACGCACUUGAGAGCUUCUCACUGACUCACUGAGAUGCUGAAGAUGAUGAUGCGGGAUAUAGCUGCUUCUUCUUCUUCUUAUUGCACCAGCAGGAGAUGGAGAGGUAUGCCUUGUCUUCACUCUAACUCCACUCUUGUUGUUUUCGCCAACGAUUACUUUGCUUUCCUUCACUCUCAACCUUCUAAACCAAUCAAAUCUACAAGAACCCAACUAGAGCAGCCAGUGAGAAACUCACCCGAAAUCACAACUGUUGAGGAUGCUUUCAAUGUGUUUGAUAGAAUGCUCCAAAUGCGUCCUCGGCCUUCAGUUGUUCGUUUCACUCAAAUAUUGGGUCAAGCUGCGAAAUUGAAACAUUAUUCGGCCGUCAUCUCCUUGUAUAACCAAAUGGGUGUGUCGGGAAUUGGACCUAAUGUUUAUACUCUAAACAUUCUCAUAAAUUGUUAUUGUCAUCUAAACCAAAUGGGGUUUAGUUUAUCUGUAUUGGUAAAUAAAUUCUUCAAACUUGGUCUUGAACCUGAUGUCUUUACCUUCACCACUCUAAUAAAUGGCUUUCUUCUCGAGAAUAAAGUGGCGGAGGCGGCAGGAAUUUUCAACAAAAUGAUUGCGGGAGGUAAUUGUCAGCCUGAUGUGGUUACUUAUGGCACACUAGUAAAGGGCUUUUGCAUGAAAGGUAACAACAGUGCUGCUAUUCAGUUGCUUAGGAAGAUGGAGGAAGGAGCUUGCAAGCCUGACCUAGUUGUCUAUAGCACAAUCAUCGACAGUCUUUGUAAGGAUACACUAGUUGACGAUGCGUUAAACCUCUUCUCAGAAAUGAUGAACAAGGGUAUUGCCCCAGAUGUCAUUACCUAUACAUCCUUGAUUCAUGGAGUUUGCAAAUUAGGCGAGUGGAAAGAAGCUACAAGGUUGUUGAAUGAAAUGGCGAGUAAAAAUAUAUUUCCAGAUGUGUUCACGUUCAGCGUCUUAGUAGACACAAUUUGUAAGGAGGGAAUGGUCGUGGAAGCAGAAGGCGUGGUUGAGAUGAUGAUUCAAAGAGAUAUUGAUCCUGAUUCGGUUACAUACAAUUCACUAAUGGAUGGUUACUGUUUGCGAGGAAGAAUGGACAAAGCGAAAAAGGUUUUUGAACUAAUGCUUAGCAAGGGCUCGAUGGUUAAUGUUGUUAGUUACAGCACAUUGAUAAAUGGAUAUUGUAAGCAUAAAAAGAUUGAUGAGGCCAUGAUGCUUUUUCUGGAUAUGUCUCAUAAGGGGCUAGUUGCAGAUACCGUUACUUAUACCACUCUUAUGGACGGUUUUUGCAAAGUGGGUAGAAUAGAUGAUGCACAAAAGUUGUUCUCUAAGAUGCAAGCUUGUGGCCAGCUUCCAGAUGCUCAAACUUAUUCUAUUUUACUUGAUGGCCUGUGUAAAAACCGACAACUUUCUAGGGCAAUGCAAUUGUUUGGAGAGAUGGAAACAUCAAGGGCAAUGGUACUUAUUCAAACAAUGGUAGAGAAGGGUUUUUCUGCAGAUGCAUCAACAAUGGAGUUGAUAGUUAAUUUACUGUCGAAAGAUGAAGUAGAUCCUGCUUUGUCGGCGUUGAUAAAAAAAUCACUGUGAAAUUAAUAUGCAUUUGUGGACAAUAAAAUUUGGAACUGCUGCACCUUCAACGACCAUAAAGGUAUUACAGUGGUUGUGCAUAUGGCAGGAGGUGAAAAUGCCUUCUCACUUGCAUCCUUAAUUUCUGGUAUUAAUUCUGUUUAAUGGAAUAUCUAGCACUCUU